AUGCGAGGUGCUGAGGUUCUGGAGAGGCCUCACAGAUCGGGGAGGGCGGACUUGACCACCAGCCUGCACCCUGUUCGCCCUCCCCUGGUCCUCUGGGAAGGGGAGAGACGAGACCUGGGGGAAGAACGGAAGGAGGAUGAUGGCCUCGCGGUGUCCAGGGCCUCCACAGGCCCGGCCCUGCCUGUCUACUCCAGACGUCUCCUCUCCCGCUCCUCCCCUCCCUGGAAAAUAGGGCCGGCAGACUGUUUUACCCGCACAAACCCGGUGAAAUCUGCUCUCUUUCCCCUUCCCAGGCACACAUUCUGGCAGUUCCGCCACGAGAACCCCAAGACGCGGGUUGGGGGCCCUCCCCCCGAGGGGCUGCCUGGCUUCAACAGCGGCGUGAUGCUGCUGAACCUGGAGGCCAUGCGCCAGUCCGCCCUCUACGGCCGCCUGCUGGAGCCGGCGCAGGUGCAGCAGCUGGCCGACAAGUACCGCUUCCGCGGCCACCUCGGGGACCAGGACUUCUUCACCAUGAUCGGCAUGGAGCACCCCGAGCUCUUCCACGUGCUGGACUGCACCUGGAACCGGCAGCUUUGCACCUGGUGGAGGGACCACGGCUACAGUGAUGUCUUUGAGGCUUACUUCCGGUGUGAGGGCCACGUCAAGAUCUACCAUGGGAACUGCAACACCCCCAUCCCGGACGCCUAGGUGCAUCCCCGUCUGCCGUGCCCUCGGGUCUCCGGGGGAGCCCAAGGGGCACCCCUGCUACCGGCCCCAGGCUGGCGUCCGAACCUCUGUGGGGAUGUGCUUCUGGACGAGGUGCUGCCGCUGUCCCACCCAGUGAGGACUGGCCUAUGCGUUGCUGGUGCUCGGGGCCCUUUCUCUCCGGGGGGCCGGGCAUCGUGGAGGGCCAACACAUAGACAUCUUCCAGGGGGCUCGGAAACAGGCGCGUAAAGAGGAGAAAGGAAAGACAAUGGCCCUUCGUGCCCUCAGCCCCCAAAACAAUGGAAAUCCUUUUAAGCACUGGCAUUUCUUAGACCAAAUAUAAAUUUAUUUUAAAUUGGCAAGCUUCCCUUUUGCCAGAAAGAACAAACAGUACUGCUAGGGCUCCUAGGGAGCGCUGAACGAGUGAGCUGGGGUCUUCACAGCCGGCCCCAAGUUGAAGCAUCCAGUGAACGCCCACCUUCCACACGCACACCCUAGGAGGCUGUGUGCUUGUUCCCACCGUGCCCACAUUGCCCAGUCAGGGUGUGAAGGUCACCACCGGCUCGGGGAGGGUCUGCAGGGCCAGCCGCGGCCCACCUGAGAAACCCGGCCUCAUUACUGUAGCUUCCCCAGCUUCUCGCUCCCAGCUGCAUCCCAGAACCUCAUUAUCCCUCCUUCAUCCCAGCCGGCUUCAGGUGACCAGACGGUGCUCGGAAGUCAGAUCCGCCAUCAAAGAACAGAGCUCGGCCACCCCCAGGGACAGGUGAUAGAGUCAUCUGGAUGGGGAAGAUGCAUUCCAAAGAGGAGCCCCUCAGUUUCUGCGCAUAACCGGGUGGCUCCGAAGGGGGGGUCCCUCGUAGACUGAUAGGCAUUCAGUCUCUGUUUAAAACCUCAUCCUGUGAUUUUUCUUAUUGCAUCAUAUUAGACCCUGUUCCUUCGAAGAAAUUAGGUUCUUCUCUGAAUGAGUCCCCUUGUAAGAUGCAGACACGAAGCCCCUGAUGGUGCAUUUUGUCUAGUUCAGCGGAGGUCCUCGGGGAAGAACUGUGGUUGGAUUUUCAUCUCCUUUGAUUUCCAUUUCAUUCACUUUUUUAUUUCUCUUCACCAUGAGUGAGAAUAGCUAAUAAACAAGCUUUGAGAACACAA